AGGCGCAGUGCUGGCACAAGCGCGCAAGCGCAGUUGUUUCUGAAGGGCUGCAACAUGGACGAUGAGGAGGAGACUUACCGGCUGUGGAAGAUCCGCAAGACCAUCAUGCAGCUGUGUCAUGACCGUGGCUACUUGGUGACUCAGGAUGAGCUGGACCAGACACUUGAGGAGUUCAAGGCACAGUUUGGGGACAAACCCAGCGAAGGAAGACCAAGGCGCACAGACCUCACCGUGCUGGUGGCCCACAAUGAUGACCCCACAGACCAGAUGUUUGUGUUCUUCCCAGAGGAGCCCAAGGUGGGCAUCAAGACCAUCAAGGUGUACUGCCAGCGCAUGCAGGAGGAGAACAUCACGCGCGCGCUGAUCGUGGUACAGCAGGGUAUGACACCCUCCGCCAAGCAGUCCCUGGUGGACAUGGCACCAAAGUACGUUCUGGAGCAGUUCCUACAGCAAGAGCUGCUCAUCAACAUCACGGAACACGAGCUGGUCCCUGAGCAUGUGGUCAUGACGAAGGAGGAAGUGACAGAGCUGCUGGCUCGAUACAAGCUUCGCGAAAGCCAGCUGCCCAGGAUCCAGGCUGGAGACCCAGUGGCGCGCUAUUUUGGGAUCAAGCGAGGGCAGGUUGUGAAGAUCAUCCGGCCCAGUGAGACAGCCGGCCGCUACAUCACCUACCGCCUGGUACAGUAGCCCACGGCAGGUGAGCCCCGCCUGCCCCGGCCAGCACACUGCUCUGCCAGGGUCCCAGCUCAGACCCCUGUCCCAUUCUGAAAAGCAGGACUGUUGGGUGAGACACCACAGCCCCCAGCCUGCCCUCCCCAGUGCACCCACUUGCGAAAGGAGCGUCUGACUCCUGCAGGUUGUCCUCUGACCUCCCGUGCGUGCAGCGUGGCAGCUGCAUGAAUCCACAAACCCUGAAGUCUAAUGGGAGGGCAGGCUGUAACCCCUGAGGCAGGAGGAUUGCUGCAACUUCAAGUGAGUUUAUUACUUAAAGAACUGGUCCGUCGCCGCUCUGGUAGCUUCUGGUACAAGAGACUCGUCUGAAAACAGGAAAGGAACCCGCGCAGGAGCCAGUUGAUCUGCCCUUCCUCGUCACCAGCACUCUGCCUGCUGCUCUGUGGGGCCAAGGGUACGGGCCACAACCUCUUUGCCUUUUGAUUAGAGGGUUCCCACCUGGCCAGUGCCUUGGGAAUGUGGCCCUGGGUAGCCAGCACCACAGUCCUCCCUGUGCAAUCUCGGAGCACUGGCUGCACCCCCACACCUUUGUCACUGAUUGCUGUCCUGUAUAGAGUUCUCCAUUCUGUAGGACUCUGUUCUGAGAACUAAAGACAUUUUGAGGAGUUA